AUGGAUUUGGAAUCUUCGUAUCCACAGCAAUCAACGAGACUAGGCGGCCCAUUAUUGUCGCAUGUCUCCGAACGUACAUUUGACGUUCCCAUGCCCAGUCAACCGAGGGAAAAAGAAGUUCAUACGUUAUUCAAUGUAACGACACCUGCGCAUUUCCACGAGUCCGGAUCAGCUACCCCAUAUCCCGUGGACUUGAUUUCACGUCCUCGAAAGCGUGGGCGACCGCUGGGAAGCAAGAGUAAAUCCAGAGCAGUGGGAGAAGACACAGAUUCUUCUGCUCAUCGCCGCCCCGUAGGCAGGCCGAAAGGUUCUGGCACAAAAGCACAACAAACACCUGUUGUAAAGAAAGCUGUUGGGCGGCCACGGAAAAGUAAGCCUCAGAUUUCAAUAGAAUUCGGCCGUGUGACCAUUCCAGGCACUUUUCAGCCUUCACGCCCGCCAUCGGGACUUCCUUUUCCUCUUCAUCGAGGAAAUUCAAUGCCAAAUUUGUCCGGUGGAUCACCUCUCGUAUCGGUGGACCCAUCAACUCGCCAAACACUCCCCAACCCUCUUUUCGCUCAAAAUCCUGUGCUACCAAAUGUCUCCGAACCCACAUCGUUGUCAACAAUUGAAAUUAUUCCGGAUGAAGAUCCCCAGAGACCGGUUGAACUAGCCGAUGAAGACCAGGACGAAGAUGAAGAAACUGGAAUGUCGGGCGAGGGAAUUGGUGUAGAUGUUGGGUUUGAGGAGAAUCAGGAUGAAAAGGGUGAUGAGCUGGAUCCAGUUGAUGAGAAUGUUGAGGACAGUGAGUACCAAGAAAAUACAGGUAGGCGCAUCCGUCAUGCGCGUCCUGUUUGGCUUCUCGAGGCUUUCGAAGCCAAAGUUUUGGAAUCUGCGCCCGAAAAACGAGACAAGCAUGGCCUUCCCCCCUUGUAUUCCAAAAACUGUUCAUUUUGGUUUCCUAGACCAGCAAUAUAUUUCAUUCUUCAACGCAACAAACCGUCUCCCCAUGAGCUGUGGGAUAUCCGCUUUUAUUUGUGGGACCCUCAAGCAUUAUUCAAACGCAUUCCCUGUCCAAUUUGCAAGUCAACACUACAACGUCACGCAAAUAUAUCAUAUCCUCGCCGAUGCAUUGAUAUUGAUUCCGAAUUCUAUCUUAUUGGAUAUCGCUAUCGUUGCAGUGUCUGCACUCAUCCAAAGUCUGGAAAGCACACUGUGACCUUUAAUAGCUGGGAUAGCCGCAUUCUCUCGGCACUUCCACAAGAUUUGGCUGCUGAAUUCCCCGCCAUUCUUAGUCAUCGUAGUGCGAUAUCCAAACGGCUUUUUCAGUAUGUAAGGUCGUCGUUCCAGAACGGUUUGGGUGCAAAGCAAAUAUCGGACACAAUUCGAGUGCAUCAUUUGCUGAAGUAUGAUGAGCUUCAUCUUCAGUAUUUGAACCAAUUAGCUGGCCGUAAACUGGACAAAUGGCGGGAAGAAAAGUAUAUGUCAUUUCCACGUUUUGAUGAUAUCAGUCCUCAUGGCAGGCAUGGAUUUACACCAAGCGCACAAUGGAUCCGGAACAUGUACGACCGAUUCAUUAUGGAGCAUAUCCAUGAUUUCAACCAGCAUAUGUCUAUGCUUAGUGCAGAAAUUUGUGCACUCGAUCAUAGCCACAAGAUCACAAAGCAUAUUGCCAAGGUCAAUGGCGAAGAAAUAUUUACGGGAUUGCUUACGGUCACCAAUGAAAGGGGCGAGAUCCGGUCAUGUAGCCUUGUUGCAACAAAGUCACAUUCUCAAUACCAGCUCGCACUCAAGCAAAUGCUUCACUCACUCAAGAUGUAUGGUCAUUCCGAACCCAAGCUUGCAUUUACAGAUAACGUUGCCAGUGACAAGGCAUUCCUUGAAGAUGCCUGGCCGUCUCUUCGAGAGUCUGUGGUACCAGUUGAAAAGUAUCCAGAUCUUGAACCACUUGCCGUACCGACACCGCCUAUUGCUAUUUUUGUAAAAAGCACAGCGUCUGCCAUAGACGCUGCCAUGGCCUCUAUUCUUGAUGAUCUUGAUCCAAGUCAUCCUGACAAAAAAAUCGUGAUAGGGUUUGAUUCCGAGUGGAAUGUUGAAGUAUCAUCUAAUGGCCAUAUUCUGCAUCGAGGACAAACAGCUAUUAUUCAAAUAGCAUAUAAAUCAUCCAUAUACAUUCUUCAGAUUGGUGAUAUGUUAGCAGGCGGUACACUUCCAAGUCAGCUUAGGAUUUUAUUGGAAAAUCCAAAUAUUGUGAAAGCUGGACGGCUUGUUGAAGCCGAUUUAAAGCAUCUUCAAACUGCUUCCCAGUCACCCAAACCUUUUGUUGGCGCUCUUGACCUUGCCAAAUAUGCAAAAGACAAAAUGGUAAUAUCUUCCGCACGAUGCAGUUUGGCUGAUCUAUGUGCAUUGGUUUUGGGAAAACGAUUAAACAAAAACGUUCCCGAGCGCAUUAGCAGUGCUUGGGAAAAUGAAAUCCUUACUCGCGAUCAACUCGCCUAUGCAGCCUGUGAUGCAUAUGCUUGUAUAUGCAUUUACAACAAACUUUCGACUCUUGAAACACCGCAAGUUCUUCCUUCUCAAUUUAAUGCAGGCAUUCCUGUUCUCUUAUUCAACACCGACAAGGCAUCUGUGAUUGCUCGAGGAAAAAUUUCAUCCCACAAAGAUGAUAGGCAACUCGAUGGCAUCAAUAUUACUACUACAAGAACUGCUGUCGACAUUGAAGAAGUAUUUGUCCCUGGUGCACUAAUCAGCAGUCAUCGGAACUGUUCACUUGCAUCAUUUGGGACACCACCAUUUACUCUUGUCUGUUUACGAAGUCAUUUAAAGACCUUUUCGCCAACAUUUUGGACACAUCAUUCAAGUCAGUCGGACUCGUCUUCUAGAGCUCAAACAAGCCCUAUGUCUCUAGAUCAGUCAUCCAAUCAGGAUCUAUUGACUGCCAGCUUGGCAGAGUUGGAUGAUAACGACCUCUCACUUGAUGCAACUUUUGAUGAUGAUUCAAUUCCUUCAAUCGGAAAUCUUGUUGUUGAAAAUCAUCGGCCUACUAGUGCACCUCCUAUAACCACAGACCAUCCUCGCAAUAUUGACCCAGAAAGUGCAUCGUUAGGCCAACAAGUACUGGACCAGUAUCCAAAUACCUGGGACAGUACAAUUCGGAGCCGGGUCCUCAAAGACGUUUUCCAUGUUUUCAACAUGUUUCAUAUCUCCUCAACACAUGGUUUACGUGCAGAGUUUGCCCGACAGCUUCGGGAUGCAAUAUUUAUUCCUGACGGUGAAGACCGUGCCAAAAUUAGUGCAUGGGGCGCAAUGCAAACACCACCAUUGACUUUUGAGCAAAUCCAAAAGCUUCGUCCACGCUGGUUAUGGAAACGAUGUAAACGAAUCAUUCCACCAGCUGACAUACUGCAUGGAUUGCUAAAGAAGGUUUUUGAAACUUUUGGCCCCCUCAAAGAUGCUACAACAGGUGCUCCUUUGUUUAACUUUAAUGAUUGGAAGACCUCGGGCCAUAUUCUUGAUUUGACACGACGCGGUUUUAUAUCUGAUCCACCCGGAAUUCCUCUCUAUGCGGCAAUAGGGAUUGAUAGUGCAGCACCAAGUCUCACUAUCUAUCGAUGUUUUCGUGGAACAAACAUGACAGAGGGUGGAGUACAUACUCAUCUUAGAUCACAUCUUCCAUCGUCGGGUGCAUCAGUGCAACAUGUUUACUCAUGCCUUGCUGAUUUCACUCUGCACCACAACCUUGUGGUUGGAACAUUCAAUAGCACUGGACAAAAGUAUCGCAGCCAUUUCUCAAUCUGGUUAACCAACAGCAUUCAGGAGCGAUUGUCAUUUCUUCACGAUGUUCUAAUAAAUCCCGUGGAAAUUACUGGAUGGGUUAACGGAAACCUAUACAUUCCUACCACCGAAACGUUAGGCAUUCUUCCGAUUCCAACCAGCAUUCGCAUUGCAACUGGGAUGUCUGAAUUUAUUCCUAGCAUUGACAAAAAGCAACGUCAUGCUUUUCUAGCUCAAAUGCAACACACACGAAAGCCCAUUCUUCCGAUUCAUAACGACAUUGAAAAGCAGCUUUUCCGAGAUCUUAUGCAAGCCAAUCCCGACUACAACUCUCUGACAUCCGGCCCAAUCUGGAAAAAGGCCGUGAAGGUCUGGAAUCACUACGCUGAUAUCAAUUCAGAGAUAUCAUACAAGUUAAUUGAACAAUUAAAAUCGUACUAUGCACAUUGGAAAACAAACCUCAAUGUUAAAGAGUCUCUUUUUACAACAUAUGACAUUCGGAAACCAUUGGCAGCAAUCCUUAGCAACCCAUCUCGCUCAGUAACGGCACCCCGUGUACCAGAGAAAACUCUGAAACCACUGAGUGUCGAUGACGGACUUCUUCCAACGUCCGUUUCUGUUGGAACCUUUAAUACAAAUCGUUCAGAGGUGCAUGGUAACAACAAAGACACACCUGUACACGAUGACCAACAGACACCGUUGCAAAGUGCAAAUUCCGACCUUUUGCUGCCCCACUCAACAACUCGAAAAACCUUUACUACCGCGACAAAUCUUGCAGUACACAAUCGUGUAAAUCGCGAAGCACUGUCUGAGAAACGUGUGCGUGAACAGAUUCAACGAUCGCACGCUUUAGAUAAGGGAAAACGGCCUCGUACCUGUGCAAAAUGCGGCUCCACACAAUGUUCGGGUCGCCAACGGGUCAAGCAUUGCCACAACCGUUGUCGUGAUUGUGGAAAUGUCAAAUGCAAAGGUCGGUACACCAAGCGACCUGACAAGCCUUGUUAUGUGGGAUGGGUAGAUGUUCCCGAGGAGCGAUGGCCUAAACUGACCUAA